GAGCAGGUAAAGUUUGCGUGAACGUGCAGUCAAUAACUGUCAGAUUUACGUUUUUGUAAAAUGAACUGCUUCAAUGAAACCAUGAAACUGGACGCUUUUAACGAAAAAACCACCUAUUUGAAUGAUUAUCCUCCAUACUGUGACGUCUCGAGACCGGAUAUUAAGACGCAGAAGCUGCGGCAGGAGCGUGCACAAAAACCGCUCCCUCAAAGACACUUCGAAGACCAGGAAACGUUCUCCAAAUGGAGAGAUGAUGUGUAUGUGCCGUUUAAUCUGCUGAUGUAUCCGAAGCCCAUUAUACAAACAGAUCCAAGAAAGCCGUUUCAGAGGCUGGCUCCAUUGCCUGAAGCUGAUCAAAUCAAGGCGCUGAAAACCAGACCUCGGAUUUACAUGACGCCAGCUUGCAGCAUCGACGACGUCCCUGAUGAGGAAAUGCGCCGUCUCCUUUGCGAUUAUAUGUACACGACUGAGUGGCGGAAAGCAGAAAUUGAGGGAGCUUCCGGCUUCAAGCCGAAGAUUCCCAACAUCGAGAUCGUUCAGCCUUCGGAUUCUGUGAGCUUGCAAACGGACAUUUAUCCUCCGCUGGAGGAAAAGUUCAUUCGCAUCGGCAAAAGCUGGGAUGAUGGGCAGAGAAGAGGCUCAUCGGAUCCGACCAAAGAGUUUUGGAUUCACAAAGAGCCCCCAGUUGUAUGCGGUGCUUGCGUGAAUCCGCUGCAAGGCAUCGUAGCUGAAGAAACAAAAAACGAAAUUGCUAAUUCAAUCGCAGCAAAUCGGCUGAGAUUGGCCCACGACUUGGCUUCGCCAAGCUAUGCAGGUUACAGGCCUAGACUACCAAUAGGCGUUAACAUUUCCCGAAAAGACCUGCCAGUAACACACCCGUUGUUAACAACUGCUCAAGCCAUCACCUCGCGUUAUGCCCAAGACAAGAUAAAGUAGGAGAGUUGGGAACUAUUAUUGAAAAUUAAUAAAAUUCAUGUGAUUUAAUACAGCUCUCAAAAGCAACUAGUUCUUCCACCUAAAUCUAAAUAACAAUAAUAGCAGAGUAUAACUAAGAGACUCACCUUGUAUGGACAACGAGGAUCCCUUUAUGCAAUAAAUAGAUAAGAAAUA